GGCAACCUGAUCCAUGAGGGAGGCAGCAGAUCGAGCGCAGCAAAAGCAAGCAGAUUGAUCCGUGAGGACGAUGGUUCUUGCGUUGAUCGCCGUGCUCAUCGCUUCGGCAUGGCCGGCGGCAGAGGCAGCAGCGACGGCCGCACAGCCAGCGGCCGCGUGCCAGCGCCGGUGCGGCGACGUGGACAUCCCCUACCCGUUCGGCAUCGGCCGCGGCUGCUACCUCUACACGGGCGAGGGCGACGUCACCUUCGGGCUCACCUGCAACCUCACCGCCGACGGCACCUACCGCCCCUUCUGCUGGGAGUACGAGGUGCUGGGCGUCUCCCUCCGCCGCGGCCAGGCACGCGUCCGCAACGACAUCAACCCGUGGUGCUACAACGCCACGUCCCGGUCGAUGGACGCGCAGAGCACGUGGUGGUGGGACGUCUCCGACUCGUGGUUCCACGUCUCCGACGAGGACAACCGCCUCACCGUCGUCGGCUGCAACUCGCUGGCGUACGUGACGUCGGUGAACGAGACGGAGUACAUGACCGGGUGCAUGGCCACCUGCCCCAGCGUGGGGCGGCUGGAGAACGGCUCGUGCUCCGGCAUGGGCUGCUGCCAGGCGGCCAUCCCGAGGGGGAUCAACUCCUACUGGGUGGAGUUCGAGGAGAAGUUCAACACCUCCGGCGCGGUCGCCGGCUUCGGCCGGUGCAGCUACGCCGUCCUGCUCGAGGCCGCCUCCUUCGAGUUCAGGACGACGUACGUCACCACCGGCGACUUCGUGGAGUCCACCGGCGGCAAGGUGCCGCUGGUGCUCGACUGGGUGGUCGGGAAGGAGACGUGCCGGGAGGCGCGGCGGAACGCCACCGCCUUCAUGUGCGUCAGCCGCGACAGCGAGUGCGUCGAUUCCAGAAACGGCCCGGGCUACCUCUGCAACUGCUCCGCCGGCUUCGAAGGAAACCCUUACCUGCUCGACGGCUGCCAAGAUAUUAACGAGUGCGAGGACAGGAGGUUCAAGUACCCGUGCUCUGUUCCCGGCACCUGCAUCAACACUCCAGGUGGAUUCAGAUGUUCCUGCCCCGACAAAACAACAGGCAACGCUUACUAUGGCACGUGCGAGGCGAACAAAUCUCAGCUCGGAGUUCACAUCGCAAUUGGUGUCAGCGUUGGCUUAGCUCUACUGGCGAUCAUCCUGUCUAGUGCUUACAUGAUCCAACAAAGGAGGAGGCUUGCCUCUGUCAAGAGGAGGUAUUUCAAACAACACGGUGGCCUACUACUGUUCGAAGAAAUGAAGUCAAACCAGGGGCUAUCCUUCACGCUGUUCACCGAGGAAGAGCUGGAAGAAGCAACGGACAGGUUCGACGAGCGGAACGUGCUCGGGAAGGGAGGCAAUGGCACCGUUUACAGGGGCGCUCUGAGAGACGGCAGGGCGGUCGCGAUCAAGAGGUGCAAGCUCGUCAGCGAGAGGCAGAAGAAGGAGUUCGGCAAGGAGAUGCUCAUCCUGUCCCAGGUCAACCACCGGAGCGUCGUCAAGCUCCACGGCUGCUGCCUCGAGGUGGAGGUCCCCAUGCUCGUCUACGAGCUCGUCCCGCACGGCACCCUGUACCAGCUCAUCCAUGGCGAUGGCGCCGCGGCGUCGCACGGGCACGGCUCGCGCAUCCCGUUCGCGACGCGUCUGAAGAUCGCGCACGAGGCCGCGGAGGCGCUCGCCUACCUGCACUCAUGGGCGUCGCCCCCGAUCAUCCACGGCGACGUGAAGUCGCCCAACAUGCUCAUCGACGACGGCUACGCCGUGAAGGUCUCCGACUUCGGCGCCUCCACGCUGGCCCCGACGAACGAGGCCCAGUUCGUCACGCUGGUCCAGGGGACCUGCGGCUACCUCGACCCGGAGUACAUGCAGACCUGCAAGCUGACCGACAAGAGCGACGUGUACAGCUUCGGCGUCGUCCUCCUCGAGCUGCUCACGUGCCGGAAGGCGCUGAACCUCCAGUCCCCCGAGGAGGAGAAGAACCUCUCGUCGCAUUUCCUCCAGGCCCUGGGCGAGAACAGGCUGGAGGCGAUACUGGACUCCCAGAUACUGGGCGAGGAGAGCAUGGAGGUGAUCGAGCAGGUUGCGGGCGUCGCGAGGCAGUGCCUGGAGAUGAGCGGCGAGAGGAGGCCCUCGAUGCGUCAGGUCGCGGAGGAGCUUGGCAGGGUGAGGAAGCUGUCUCGGCAUCCAUGGCGAGGAGGAGGAGGGCGGGGAAGCAGCGACGAGCUGGAGAAACUGCUUGCCGGAAGGUCGCCAAACACGUACUCUGAAUUACAAGUUAGCAAUGGCUACCUCAGCUUGAACGAUUCAGCGUACAUAGGAAUCCAAUCGCCACGGUGAUGCCAUAUCUCGAUGUCCCUCCUUUUGGGAAUAAAAAUAUCAUCAUCACAAAGUCAAACGAGAUUGCUGGGCUUUUUCAC